CCGGUACUCACCGGAUGUUGCUAAUGAGGAACGUACCGCCUGGAUCGGGCCCUGGAAGAUGUGUGCAGUCUGUGUCUGCAAGGUGCUGGGAAAGUCGUUCGUGGAAAAAUAACUUUCUCGAUUUAGCUGAGACUGGCUUCAAUUUGUUUGUGCAUAGCAUAAGAAGUGUUUUUUGCUGUGCCUUACCAAAUGAUGGCGCAACGAAGCGCCCUAACGAUUCCAUUUACUGUUGACAAGGACAAACAGAUGGAAAAUCCACUCAGAAUUCCCAUCACAUGUCUGUCACCAGAGACUGGAAAGUUGGAAAGACAGGUGUCCUGGACUACGCUCACAGGUUGCAAGACCAAACUUCGUAAUUCACAACAUAAAAAUGGAUCCAUGGUGUCUGACCACAAACGUCCGACUGUGGUAACAUGGGACGUUACCAAGAGGAUGCCCCUUCUGAUCCUGACAGACGUCCUGAAGACCGAUCUGGGCAAGGCGUACAUGGAAAGGAUAAAAAAGAGCAGCACCGGGUGCAACGGAGAACAGAUGAGUCAGCGGAGUGAGAGUGGUUGGUGUAGAGACGAACCUCUGACCUGCAAAGACUCUCGGCCCAGUCGGAGGGAGACCAGAAGGGCCAGCACCAAGAAUGUAACGCCUAAAAGCAGCCAGACGACCACACCCUCCUCAUCACAAAGGUCGAGACUCAGGAAGAAACUGCUCAACGCUGACGACGAAGGGGAGAAAGAAGACGGCAAAGACAUCGAGGAGGUGGUUAUAGGCAAGGACGACGGAGGAGGCGACAGAUUCGCUGAGGUUGUAGAUUGUGGUUUGUCAGUGAGCUGGGAGCCCAAUGAGGAUACAGCAGGCUGUGGGGAGUUCACGCCAACCAGCAUCAGGGACAGGUGGUCAGAGCCAGAGAAAGAAUUGCAGCAAAGCUCGAAGAGGAAAUAUAAGGAUCCAGAGACGCACUGCAAUGGAAUGAGCACCCCCAAACGCCCCCGCCAGAGUGUUCUUCGCCUCACCGGGGAGGAGGGGACGGACGUAGCACGGGCCCCUCCGAGCAUUUGCCAGGAGGACGCGGUGGAAGAUCUGGAUUUGGACAGCUUGGACCGCUGCAUUGUUCAGUUCACAGUGGGGGAAGAUAACGGGACAGAAGUUCUGCUCCCAGUCGUCAGGCCCAGAUUGGACGGUGAAGAAUUAUCAUCCAAUCAUGACAACACAACCCAAACAAACGAAGCAAUUGUGUUGUCGAGUGACGACGAGGAGAGCGGUGACGUUUCUCAGUGCAGCAGCCGAACCGUCCGCGCACUGGUCACCAUGGAAGACGCAGCAGUUCAGGACCAGUCCUCCCAGGAAGACAUUGUCAAACACAUACAGGGCAUGCAGGUCGUUCAGGUUGUUGUUGAGGAUCCCCUUCCCAGUCCAAGGAGACCUUCUCCUGUGGACCCCUAUGUGGGGGUUACCUUCUCUACCCUGUACUGUGGAGGUUACCAAGGCAAAGCAUUUGGAAGAAUUGUGAUAAUGGAAAAAAAUAUCAUCAUCCCAGUGAAAGACCCCAGCGAGCAGUCGGAGGUGAUCCUCAGCUUUGAGCGAACCGAGCUGAGGAGGUACAGUGUUUGGGAGCAACACGAACUGGAGGCACGGGAGAUUCGCUUCCAGGACGAGGACGCGCCUUGCCCCGCUGCUGUGCUGCUGUUGUGCGUUUCGGAAACUGCUGCAGCCGCCGUGCAGCGGGACCUCUCCACGCUGUGUGUCAAAGAAGAUGGAGCCACAAACACUGGAAAAGCAAGCCCAUUUAUCCUGCUGACUCUGAGAGAACCUCUGGAAGGAAUGGAGGGAGCUUUGCUGCGCUCUUUCCUGGACCUCGACUGUCUUAACAAUGUGACACAUGAAUCAGACUUUGUGACCGAUGGCACAGACUGCGGUUUGGACCUCGCGGCUCCUGUUCUGUCUCUGGCCGAUAGCAUAGAGUUGAUUAAGAGAACUGGACCGAAUGAUCAAAUUCUCUCCACACUGGGCUUGCGGAGCGUCAGCCCUGCUCUGAACGUGGACGAGGAAAGCUCGCACGCUGACGGAGACGUACCACCCACUCUGCUGGAGGACGGUUCACACAAAGAACCCGUUCCAGAGCUGGAGAAAGCGUCUGAUGUCAAACUAAAGGAGGAUCAGAAAGAAGGAGAGAUUGAACAUCCUUCUGAUAAAGUAAAAGGGGUGAAAGGAGGAGAACCCACUCCUGUGUACACACUGUGCCAUCGUAGAACCAAAGGAUCCCGCUCUGUGUCGAUGUGUAAACCAAACUCUGACUGGGUUAAAUUCAAACAUCAGGGUCUGCCCCACAGAUUGAUCCAGUUCCCUCCUCCUCCUCUGAAAGGAGGAAUCACUGUUACAAUGGAGGACCUGCAGUGCCUUGACAGUGGGCAGUACCUCAACGAUGUUAUCAUAGAUUUUUACCUCAAGUACCUUCUCCAGAACGCGUCUGCUUCUGUGGCCGAGCGUUCGCACAUCUUCAGCAGCUUCUUCUACAAGCAGCUGACACGGAGGGACAAUGCCAGCGAAGGCACCAGCAGUGAAUCCUGUCAGAGGCAGAGGAGGCACCAACGGGUGAAGACCUGGACUCGGCAUGUAGACAUCUUCAAAAAAGACUUCCUGUUUGUCCCUGUCAAUCAGGAAGCUCAUUGGUAUUUAGUUGUCAUCUGCUUUCCUGGACUAAUGGAGCCCAAAGUCGAAGACUGGACGGGUCCAAACGCGGGAAGGAGUCAAGAUAAGGUCCAAGGAUGUAAACGCUUAAAUGAUAACACAAGAACAGCACCUGUGUUAAACCACAGAAACAGUGUAGACAAAGAGACGGAAAAUACUAAAGAAGAAUCCAACAAAGACCCUCCCCCUGGUCCAGUAAACUGCACAGAGCUGACGUGCCAGAAUAAGGCGGUUUGUAAGAUGCCGUCUAUUCUUAUCAUGGACUCCCUCAAACUUUCCCUUCACGAGCGAGUCUUCAAACUCAUACGGGACUACCUGCAGUCAGAAUGGGAAGCUCGUCGUGGUUCAUCGAGGGACUUUGGUCCAGAUCAGAUGAAAAGCUCGUACUGUCGAGUUCCCCUUCAGGACAACAGCAGCGACUGUGGCCUCUACCUGCUACAAUAUGUAGAAUGCUUUUUAAAGGAUCCCGUGGUGCACUUUGACCUCCCUUUAAACCUUCAACGAUGGUUUCCACGGCAGCAGGUGCGGAGGAAACGAGAUGAAAUCAGAGAUCUGAUACUAAACCUCUAUCGACACCAGAAACUGGACAAUAAACAUUCGAAGCAGCUGUGCAGCUGAGUGCGUCCCAGUCCCUGCAGCCACUAUUAAUCACUGCUCACACUGAGCGACUGACAUUUCAGCAAGAAAGUGAAAAUAUUUCCUUUUGAAGUAGAUUUUCAUUUUGUGCAUUAACUUGAACCUUUCACCGUUUGUAGGUCUUGCGAGUGAACGAAGCCACUGGCUAAUUUAAGCUAAGAGUGUAUCUAGACAAACGUUUGUACACCACAAGACUUUUUACUGUUUGUUUUUAUGCGACUAGAUAUUUUAUAAAGAGGAACAUUUGUAUUUAAUUUUCUACGUAGAAUCAAAGUCAAGCCAAAUAUUGAGUUUACGUGUAACAGUUGUAGUUUGAAGAGGAACAUGGGAACUGUUUCUUCGCUUCACUGAUAUUUGUUUUGUGUGACUAAUGGCUCAAUCCUUUCAAAGUCAUUCUGAUUUUGCCUUUGUGUGCCUGACUACACUUAUACUCGAUGAGAUCUGACGUAGACAGCAGAACAUCCUGUUAUGAAAAAUGUUACUGGACCCUAAGGACUGUGCAUCACUCACUCAUGGUGAGCUCAGAGAGGAGGUGGCAGUUUGUCACCUCUUCCUCUUUGCCACAAAGCUGAACUCUUCGUGCCCCUCUGUAUCUGUGACACUCUAUCUUUAUUACAAUCCUCCGUAGACACAAACUAAUACUGGGAUGCUGCAAUGUUUGCUGAUGAAAACAAAUUUGGAAAUUUACUCUGCCUACAUGAAUUCAGCCUACUGCAUACUGUCACUUUGCAUAUAAAACACCCUCAAAUAGUAUUUGGAAAUUUCUUCGACGUUAGCUGACCCUUUAAAAGUUAGCAGCUGCUGUAAUGUAACUUACGCUUCAGUAUCUACCCAUACGUAGAUGGAUGUGUGUUGUGAUAGUAUGAAGAGCCUCAUUGUAGUAAAGCCUAUUUUUAUUUUUUUUUUAAACUUACAUUUUGAGAAAUCGAUUUGUUCGAUAUAAAUACAGUUUGCAAAAAGUGUUGCGGUAUGUUUUCUCACACAUGUGGCAGACGUUUCCUACUGGUACCUUAGUUCUGUAGGUUUUCCUGGUUUUCGUUCAGAUGUUUAUUUCUCUUUUUACACUUCCAUGACGCCCUCAAUGUGACCAUUUUUGUUUCAGGCAUUGUGCUGGAUGAAUGUACAGUAGCUGAACCAAAAAUGCAUUUGGUUUCAGUUGUGUAAUAAAAUUUGGUUAAGCAAAAAUA